AUGAGAGGAGCCUACCAUUACCAAGGCCGUGGUGGGUUUCAGCAAUCCCCGCCCUAUCCUUCACAUAAUCAAUACUCGCCUCAAAAUCAGUCACCCUACCACAGUGGCAGAGGGGGUUGGAGCAACCAGCCCUAUCCAAAUCACGGAUCUCCUCCACAUGGUUACACUUCAGGCCAAUCUCCAUAUCAUCAAAGUCAGUCCCCUAGUUACUACUCAAACCAAUCAUAUCCUCAAUCUGGUUUUCAAUCCAGUUCGCAUCGGGGUGGACACGGUGGUUUCCGCGGUAACAGCUUUCACGGUUCUGAUCGGCGAAUCUCAGGCCCUGCCGGAGGUGCUCCCUUUAGUGGGCCUGGUGGCCGCGGUCGAGGCGCUGCGCCUACCCAAUUUUCGAAUCUUUCAUGGACACCCGCGUCUGGAACACGAGGCGGUCGCCCUGCCACCGAAGCGCCACGCCCACAGCCUCUUCCCACAUCACAGACGGUAGCUGAUUCCACAUCUGUCGACGCUGACGACAAUCCUUUCCGCCCUUCAAAAGAUCUACGGGUAGAGGAUGAGGGCUCAAAAGAAGAGCAAAAACCCGCCACUCCGGCCAAAUCUUCAGCUACGCUCCCAACAGCAACGAAGUCGGGAUUCGGGUUCUCACUCAAGACAAAGAAUCCGGUGCCUCCAGCAAGCAAAUCAAAAUUGGGGCUUGAAGAGCCCGAGAAAGCUGAGCCAGCGUUGAAAGAGUCACUACUCGAUCCAAAAGCAAAAGUUGAAGCAGCACGCGACGUGGCCCCCCGCUAUACCGAGUCAAGAAGUGAUCGAGACAGAGAUCCAAGAGAGAGGGAUUACGAUCAUAACCGGGAGCGAGACCUUCGGGAACGAGACAUCAGGGAACGAGACCGUCGCUACGAUAACUAUUACGACCGCAAGCCAGCCUAUCGAGAUCCCCGUGAACGAGACCCUCGAGACAUCCGGGAUUCCCGUGAUCCCUAUUAUCGUGGUAGGGAAAGGGAUUUCCGAGACCCGCGCGACCGAGACUUUAGG